AUGACUACAUCAAAAUUAAUUCGUCAAUUUCAUGGAAAAAAUAUUCCAAUGGAAAUGUUGAAUAAUAUGGAUUCAUUAUAUUAUCGUUUAAAUAACUAUGAAGAAAAUCCUCAUCAAGUUGAACUAGCUUAUGCUAAUUCAAUUCUUAUUACAAUACGUUAUAAUUUAGCUCGUGUAUGCGAAGCAUCAUUUGAAUUUAAUAAAACUGAAACAUUAUAUAAAGAAAUUUUACGUGAACAUUCCAAAUAUGUUGAUUGUGUACUUCAUUUGGGUUCUAUGGUACAUGAUCGUGGUCAAAUUUAUAGUGCAUCUCAUUGGUUUAAAGAUGCACUGGAAAUUAAUUAUAAUUCACCGAAUGCAUGGACUAUGAUUGAAAAUAUACAUACGACAAAACAAGAAUGGAGACCUCGACAAAAGAAAUUUGAGAAAAUUUUAUAUAAUAGACAGACAACAAAUGAUUCGUUAUGUUUUAAUUUCAUUAGGAAAUAUAUGAUUACAAACUUUAUAUAUGUCGACAUGUGA